AGUUGAUUCAUUUCAUAGGGAUCUUGUUUCACAAACCUAGCCUCAGGUUUUGUGAGUGUGCUCUGUGUGUGUGUGUUUUUUAAAGGCACUGGGGAAACUUUUAGCAUCCAGUGUGCGAAGCCUGCAUCCUCCAUCAUGCUGCAAAUCCGGCUGCUCCUGCUCCUGUGCUUUGGCAAUCAGCUCAGUCCCAGCCUGGGCUGUCAGCUGCCGUCCGAGUGGAGACCCCUGAGCGAAAGCUGCAGGGCUGAGCUGGCAGAAAUCAUCGUCUAUGCCAAAGUCUUGGCACUGCAUCAGGAUAUGUACAGCAUGUUCAACUAUUUGCCCUGGCAAUAUGAAGCCCCAGAAGGGGGGCUCUUUUACUCUGCCGAGAUUGAGAUGCUCUGUGAUCAGGCCUGGGGAAGCAUGCUGGAAGUCCCUGCGGGAUCCCGGCUCAACCUGACGGGACUGGGGUAUUUCUCCUGCCACUCUCACACAGUCAUGCAGGGUUACUCCUACUUCUUCUUCCUCAGAAUGGAUGAGAAUUAUAACCUCCUUCCACAUGGAGUAAAUUUCCAGGAUGCAAUAUUUCCAGAUACCCAAGAAAACAGACGGAUGUUUUCGAGCCUUUUCCAGUUUUCCAACUGCACUCAAGGACAGCAUUCCAUGGCCUUCUCUAGUGACUGGGAGAUGCAAGAGGACAGCAGGCUCAUGUGCUCUUCAGUCCAAAAAGCCUUGUUUGACGAAGAAGAACACGUGAAGCAGCUCCAGCAACAGGUGGCCAGCCUGGAGAAGCGCAACAAGCAGCUGCGAGACCGAGUCAAGAAAGUCAAGCGGUCGCUCAGGCAAUCCAGGAAGAACACCAGACACAUAGAGCUGAUCAACCGAAAGCUCAGUGAGAAGCUGUCCUCUGUAGGAGGCCAGAUCCCAUAUGCUAACUCCUUAAAGCAAGCAAACUCUCAUGCUACCUACCUUAAAGUAUAAAGCCAGGUUUAGUGCUCCAGGCAGUGACGCUGGUGACUUCACAGCAUACACCUCUCCUCUCCUCUCCUCUCUCCUCUCCUCUCCUCUUUUCUCUUACAGCCCAGAAGGGACAUUAUGAGUUCAAGACCAUCAUUGACUGUUCUAUGUUUAUGCAUUUAAAGUCUGCAUAAACAUGAUGGUCCAUGUGCCAUGUUCCUCUGAGGGUAAUAAAAAAAAAAUCCAGUUGAGACAAAUUGAGCGGAUAUGAAAGCUGCUUGAGUCUGGGCCCAGUGAAUGGUCUGGACACUGGACCCCCAACAUUGUCAGUUAGCAUUUGUUGCUUUAGGUUUGGGCUUGGGAGUCCACCAGAGAGCUGCAUGGAAGCCAGUCUGAGCUUCUCAAGGAAGAGCAAGAUAUAGAAAAACAUGUGCGCUCUGUCUUGGCCGUGCAGACAGAAGUCUCAGCAUGAACACAGUGAUUUCAGGAAGGCCUUGUGGCAUGUGGUAAACUCUGGUUUCCAGACAAAGAUAAGGGAUUCUAAUGUAAAAUUAAAAUGCAAACUUUCUAGUCCUCUUCCAACAUUUCCAGAAUGCAAUCCAACUUUACUUAAAUAUAUGCUGGCAAUCAGAAUAUCUUUAUCUCUUAACAACAACAACAACAACAAUUGUCCAGUAGCACCUUAGAGACCAACUAAGUUUGUUCUGCUAUA